AUGGCCGUCGACGCCGGCGACCUCAUCCUCCCCGUGGGCGGCCUCACGCUCCUCCUCACGGGCGUCAUCGCGGGCAUCCUCGGCUACACGACCAUCGGCGACGGCCCGGCCAACCCCAAGAACAAGACGAAACAGGGCUUCGAGCUCACCAUCGGCACGAACCACCUCGGCCACAUGGCGCUCUACGAGCUCCUCGAGAAGAAGCUCGCGGCCGCGAAGGGCGGCGCGAAGGGCCAGCCGCGGCUCGUCGUCACGGCGUCGCCGGUCCACGACCCCAAGUCCGGCGGCGGCGACGUCGGCUCCAAGGCGACGCUCGGCGACCUCGCGGGGUUGGCUCAAGUCGACUUCGACAUGGUCGACGGCGGCGCCUACGACCCGGACAAGGCCUACAAGGACUCGAAGCUCUGCAACAUCCUCUUCACCGCCGAGGCGUCGCGGCGCCUCGCGAAGCUCAACCCGAAAGCCACGGCCAACGCCUUCAGCCCCGGGCUCAUCCCCGCGCCCGACGGCUUCUUCAAGUACCAGAACAAGUUCUUCGCCAAGACCUUCAACACCAUCGCGACGGCCGCGGGCGUCGCCGAGACGGCCGCGUUCGGCGGCUCGUGCCUCGCCUUCAUGGCCGCGUCGCCGAGCCUCGACGCCGUCACCGACGGCUGGUACGACACGGACCCGCCGGGCAAGCACCAGCUCCGCGCCCACGACCCGUCCGACGAGGCGCGCGACGUCGCGAAGCAGAAGAAGCUCUGGGACCUGAGCGCGGCCCUCAUCGCCAAGGCCUCGGCCUAG